AAAAAAUUUCACUUUCUUUUUCUUUUUUUUUCAAAACAACAUAAUACUAUACGUUUCGUCUAUAAAAUAUGACUUCAACUGAUAUUCGAGUGGUGGUCGCCAUAGAUUUUGGAACUACGUAUAGUGGCUUUGCGUAUGCAAAUAAAAUAAACCCAGAAGAAAUCGAAACUAAUACUCGAUGGUCGGGUCGUGAAGGAUUACCAAAAACAAAUACGGCAUUAUUAUAUGAUGCUAAUUGUGAUCAAGUAUUAAGAUGGGGUGAACUGGCACUUUUCCAGGAACAAAGACGAAAGAAAAACCAGGAUGCGGAGCAAUUUCAUAUUAUCGAAAGAUUUAAAUUACAUUUGGAUAAUAAGAUGAAGCAGAAACCUCAGCUACCUAUAAUGUUUGAUUAUAAAAAAGCUAUCACUGACUACUUAAUUAAAAUGAAAGGAGUUAUCGAGGAAUCUCUUGAAAGACGUUGGCCUGGACUUAGCUUAAAGCAGGUUUUGUUCGUAUUAUCCGUACCAGCUGAAUGGUUGCCUUAUACAAGAGCUGUUCUUCGAGAAUGCGUAUUUAGAGCAGGAUUUAUUGAUGAAGAUACUCACUCAAAUUUAGAGUUUAUAACUGAACCUGAGGCCGCAGCCAUCCAUUGUUUAUCUGUAUGUAAUGAACAUGAUUUGGAAGAAAAUGAUACGUUCCUCGUUGUUGACUGUGGAGGCGGAACAGUAGAUUUAACAGUACGCACAUUACUUGCAGGCAACAAAUUACGUGAAGUAACAGUUAGAUCAGGAGGCCUUUGUGGAAGCACUUUUGUUGACGAUGAAUUUCUUAAAUUUUUGGGUCGUAAAGUUGGUAUUAAAGCUUUAGGAGCUUUUAAAGAACAAGCUUAUGAAGACUUGCAAAAACUUAUUCAUCGAUUUUUUUGUCGAUACGUAAAAUUACCUUUUACCGGAUACGAAGAUGAAUUUGAACCGAUUGAAUUAGAUUUAGAAACUAAUUGUUCAGCUUUAAUACCAUAUAUUAGUGGAGAAUUAAAGGAUAAACUUGAAGAAGAAGAUUGGAUUAUCGAUAUAGAAUACGACGAUGUUAAAAAUAUGUUUGACCCUGCAAUCCAAACAAUAAUUAGAUUAAUAGACGCACAAUUAAAUAGUGUUCCUCCAAAUAAAGUUAAAGCUAUGUUUUUAGUUGGAGGUUUUAGUGAAUCUCCAUAUUUAACAAGACGAAUUAAAGAAUCUUUUGAGGAUCGUGUCCAGACAAUAGCGUUUCCCCGAAACCCAAUUGCAGCUAUUGUAAAAGGUGCUGUUUCAUAUGGCCUAAACAUGCAAGUAAUUGAAUCGAGGAUCAUUCCAUGGACAUUUGGAAUAGAGGUUAAAGGUCAUUUUGAUGAAAAUAAUGAUCCAAUAAGACUUCGUACUCAUGAUGGCCGGAUUUGGAGAUUUGACAUUUUAGUGAGUAAAGGGGAGAGUCUUAAAUUGAAUGAAGAACGCGGCAAAGAAUAUAAACCAUUUCAAGAUAAACAAGAAGCGAUUGUUUUUAAGGUUUUAUACUCAAAGAUCAAAUAUCCAAGAUAUCCUAGUCAAAAUAAUGUAGAAGUACUAGGUGAAUUAAGGAUUUUAUUACCAGAUAUCCAUCUUGGCAAGAAUCGUCCUAUAGAAUUCUCUCUAAAAUUUGCUAAAGAGGAAAUUAAAGCUUCCGCAAGAAACAAGAUCACGGAUAAAAUAUAUCAAACUACGUUUAAAUAUCCUUUUGAACAAAAAUAAAUUUUUAUAUAUCUUAAAAAAAAAAAUUUAUGUACAGUAUACAUAUUUAUUUUUAUUAUUCUUAUUU